AUGGAUUCAAAUGAUUGAAAAGUACAUGAGUUUGCGCCCCAGCAGUGGAAAAUGCAAUGCAUUAUAUCUCAGACCAAAAAUCGCUCCUAAGGGGAAUGUAUGGUACGACGACGUCCCAGUCGGGGUACAUCAACUGCAACAGAUUGUGGCCAAAAUGUGUAGAGAGGCAGGAUUAGAUGGGCUUUUUACAAAUCACUCUCUUCGGGCUACUGCUGCCACACGCACAUAUGCUGCGGGUGUUGACGAGCAACUUAUAGCGGGGAAAAAACUGGUCACAGGUCAUCUGCGAUUCGCAACUACAAACGCACCUCCGAGGAACAAUUACACGAGUGUAAGUGAUUUGAUUCAGAAACCGUCCAGUGUCCCACCGGAGCCGAAGAAAGUGAAGCUCAAUGAAAGUGUUUCCUUUGGAUCGAGAAAAGAAAUAAACAUCACUGCCGGGGAUGUAACAGUGAAUUUGCGACUUCAAUGUGCAUGUAUUUAAAUGAAUGAUUGUGACAUGGAUUUAUAACUGUGGUGCCUAAACGAUUUCAUAUACAGUAAAAUCGGAUUUUACACGAAACACUCAUUUCGUAUAAUUUACUGGAAUAUUUCACGCCUUGAAUAUUGUAUUUGAUAAAUAAUAAAUAUGUUUUCUCGCACAAC